AUGGUCGUCGUGCCCCCCAGUCGGCUGGACGAUGAACUUCAAGUCCUUGUGACAGGCUUCGGUCCGUUUUCUUUCUACAAGAGCAAUCCGGCAUGGGACUCGGUGCAGUCCUUGCACGGCAUGCAGCUCGUCCUACCUGCCUCGGACCCGGCAAGUCAGCCCACGCGGAUACGAAUCACUUCUGCCGAGAUGCCCGUGUCGUUUGCUACCGUCUUGCGAUACAUCCCACGUCUCCACGGUCUCGGGCACGGCAGGGAUGACAGACAUAUACGGUACAAGGAAGGCCCGAAGCCAGCGACGCCGACGUGCGACGUUCCGCUGCAGUCGUAUGAUCUCAUCAUCCAUGUCGGCGUAGGCGCAAGGGACGCGUUCAAGCUCGAGCAAAGAGCAGACAAGCUCAACUAUGGCAAAUCGCCGCCCGACGCGGUAGGAGGCAGGCCCCAAUUGGACGCUCAGACAGGGAGAUGUGGGUUCCUUGACGAGCGAUGGGCUAGCUUGCCAGACGAUCUGACAACCCGGCUUGAUGUAUCGGGUCUCGCCAAGGAGCUAAGUGACUCGUACAAAAUCGUCAAGUCAAAUGAUCCUGGUCACUACGUCUGCGAGUUUAUCUACUACGCCAGUCUUGCAUCCUCGAGGCUGGCCAAUCCCGACAAUUCAACGCCAGUACUCUUUGUACAUGUGCCACCAGAGAGCGAGCCGUACUCUGUGGCAGAGAUGUCACAUUUCCAUCAGGUCCUGAUCGCGACUAUCGUCGGCAAGGGCUAUCUGCCCUCGCGACGGCGGAGGAACAGCCUGCCCGUUCAGCAUGUAGCAGCCAGAGCCGGCGACACAGCAUCCGAGAACCGACAAGGCCAGGAGCAAACAGCUCGAGAGCAGUCUGCAAUGCAUCUAUGCUAA